AGAUGUCUUGACUUAAAGUCCGCACAGCUCUAGUGUAUAUCGGGGAGAUCUGGGUUGCAUCUUCUGAAGAAAGACGCAUUUUUGUUACUCCUCUAAACCUUAAGGGGAGUUUUUAGCUUUUGGUCAGCGAGUGGUUCCUGGAAAACAUCUGAAUCGUUUUAUAACCAAACACAGCUGCGGCGCCAGUGUAUGUGUGUGUGCGUGACAGUGUGUAUGUGUGUGUUCAUCCGUAUGUGGAAGAGGGAGAGAGAGUGAGGGUAUCUGUUUGCUUCCCUUUCCAAAACGGAAAGAAGGAAAAAAGUUUGGUCGUCUUUUUCUCCCAGUAACUUUUUUUAGGCAUGAACGCCGAGACGUGCGUCUCAUACUGCGAUAUGACAUCCAUGGAUUCAUAUUAUAGCUCCUCUCCACCGCAAGGUAGGGAUCAUCCGACGAACCCGUUUAGGACAUUCCAAGCGAGUGACACCAAAUACAGCCCCACUUUCCUGCCAAACAAAGGUCAGGCUUACGGAGAAAAGUCUCGGAGCCCAUUCCAACAGGAGUGUCAGUCAUUGGAUGCCACCGCUGGGGAAGGCACCUUUAACAAAUACCACCUCUUCAUGCAGAGGUCUUCUUGCAAAACCCCCCCCGAAGGAGGCAAACUGCACCAAGAAAGCGGACACAACGGAGCGCUCAUUCCCUGCUAUGGUAAAGACAGCUCAGGACUGACAGACUCUGACCUGACCCCGAACUCUGACCCCUCUGGGAUGGACGGCAGCUACCUGAGUGUGAAGGAUCAAGGCAUGAAGGGCCCCUCGGACCGACCGGGCUCGGACAUGGCCAGCCCCAUGGACAAGGGCGAGGGUGAGAGCAACAAGGGCAAGAAGAGGCGUAACCGCACCACCUUCACCAGCUACCAACUGGAGGAGCUGGAGAAGGUCUUCCAGAAGACCCACUACCCAGAUGUGUACGCCCGCGAGCAGCUGGCCCUCCGGACUGACCUGACUGAGGCCCGGGUACAGGUGUGGUUCCAGAAUCGCCGAGCCAAAUGGAGGAAGAGAGAGCGCUUUGGUCAGAUGCAGCAGGUCAGGACACACUUCUCCACGGCGUACGAGCUGCCUCUUCUAGCCAGACCUGAGAACUAUGCACAGAUACAGAACCCAUCAUGGAUUGGUGGCGGCAGCGGAGCAUCUCCUGUACCAGGCUGUGUAGUGCCCUGUGACUCAGUCACAUCCUGUAUGACCCCUCACCCUCACUCCGGCAGCGUCGUAUCUGACUUCCUGGGCGUCCCGAACCCUGGGGGUCACAUGGGACAGACACACAUGGGCAACCUGUUUGGGGGUCCUGGCAUGGGGUCAGGGAUCAACGGGUACGAUCUGAACAGCAUGGACCCGGACCGCAAGUCCUCCAGCAUCGCCGCCUUGCGUAUGAAGGCCAAAGAGCACAGUGCAGCCAUCUCCUGGGCAACAUGAUGCCUCAACAGCAGCAGGACAGGGGCCUCUGGGAACCCCACCACGUCCAAACCAAGCCAAAGCAGAGAGGGGAGGCGGUCUGUGCUACUAUAAUAGAAAUAUUGAUAAUCUAAAAUAAUAAUGAUGAUAAAAGCCAUAGCAAAUCGCUGAAGAGGAGAGAAAAGAGACAAACAAAUCUGGACAGUGCACUUCUUUAUUUUGUGUCUCUGAUGGGAGAGACCAGUGGACAUCAGAGAU